AUUUUUUUCGGGCGAGACGGUGUACAGUACUUACUGUACGGGGCACCUUGUCUACGGUAGAUGACUAGGUACCGUGAGCUGUCAACCACACAUUCCGUGCCUUGAACCUACACCGAUCCUUCUUCAAAGUUGGCUGGCUGUCACUUGCUGUCUUCUUCAAAGCUUCUGAUAUUGAUCAAAUGAUCUACUCCGUGGAUCGGAGAGAUAACCCAAAAGAGAAACAAAAGAAAGAACAACAUCCAAGACCUCACUGGAGCCUUAUUUCACCGACCAAGGUAAGGGACAGCACCACACACGUUCAGGCCCUGUUGUUGGAGCUCCAGUCCCUGUUCCAUCGGCCUCAUGAUUAUUCCAUUGCAUUGCGGUGUCCACCUCGAUUUUGAGAAUCACCCACUCCCAUGCUGCCAGUUUCAUGUGCCUUCUCUUGGCCCACGCUGUUCUCAGUAGCUUCCUGAGCUACUUGCCUCCCCAUUUGUCCCGCUCGUAUUCCAACAUGAUUGACUCUUUUGACCAGCAGCUUGCUCCCUCCUCGAUGAUGACUUCGGAGCUGAACUUUGUUCGAUUCUCGACUACUGAGUGGGCUGUGCUCGUCAUCGGCUGGACCGUUACCCUUGCUCGUAUCAGAAAACAUGAGCGCCUCGGUUGAUGGCUCGCUAACAGCUAGUUGAGUGCGUACAGUACUCC